AUGCGUGAGCAACCAGCAGCAGAGGAGCAGGGGGUGGUGGGCGCUGUCGGUACCGCAGGGAGUGAUUUGGUGCAGAUGGCAAGUGUCGGUGGCUUUGCUGCCCUUCCCGGGGAGGGGGGGCACUCUGAUGCUUUCACUAAUCACCGACAGCUUCUCCGUGGGGCCCCCGGCUUCCACCCUUGCUCCUCUCCCAGAUCUGCCUUACUGCCUCUGCCGUGCAGCCCUCCUCUCGUGCCCACCCCACAAGGUCACCGUGCUGCUCAGUCAUCUCUGCGCUCCACUUGCCGACGCUACGAAAACAAGCAUGCUUUGGAUAUAGAGGUACAUAUGUGUAUUCCAAAACACAGUGACAAGAAGAUCCUGGAACUCAUGUCCAACAUCAUCCAGCUGCUGACUGGAGAGGUUGCCAUAAGGACUCAUCAUGUUUCCAUCUAUUUUUCCUUGGACGAGUGGGACUAUAUAAAAGGAAACAAGGACCUUUAUGAAGAAGGGAUGAAGGAGGAGCCACAGCAGCUCCCACCACUGGACUGUGAUUAUGAAGCUAAAAGAGAUAUUCCAGCUAAUCUGGGAGGAGCAUUAUCUUAUAAUAAUGAGCCAAGCAAGAUUGUUGCUGAAAAAGCAGAUUUUUGUGCAGAUGGAAACCUCACACACCCUGAAAUUUCUCCAGAGGAACAGCCCCCACCGGCCAAUGGGAUUAAAGAGGAAGUGGCUUCAUGGGAAGGGGAAAACCAAUUAGAUUUAAGCAUUAAUCCACUUACAGAACAGAUCCAGGGAACAGAUCCACCUGCUCCUAUCAUGGGGUGCAAUCUAAAUAACAGCUUGUCAGACAGUGAUAUAUCAGAUGAUAUAAAAGUGGAGGUGGCUCCAUGUAAAGAAGAAGGAAACCUUAUUGUUUUAGAAUCAAUGCAGGAAGCCAAUAAAUCUGCUCCUAGUAUGGGAAUAGAAACCCCUACUUCUAUGAUGGAAAAUCUAAAUACAAGCUUGUUAGACAGUGAUGCAUCCAAUGGGAUUAAAGAGGAAUCGGCUUCAUGUGAAGAGGGAAACAUAUCAGAUUGCAACAUUAAUCCACUUACCGAACAGAUACAAGGAACAGAUCCUCCUACUCCCAACAUGGAGAUGUACAACUGUUCUGAGUGUGAUAAACACUUCAGAACUGAGACCGGUCUUCACAAGCAUCAGAAAACCCACACAGGAGCAAAACCAUGUGUCUGUUCUGUGUGUGGGAAACAUUUUGUAUGCAAUGCAAAACUUAUUAUACAUCAGAGACGUCACACAGGAGAGAAACCGUUCUCUUGUCCUGAAUGUGGAAAAUGUUUUACUCGUCGCUCGAACCUUACUGAUCAUUUAAGAGGUCACACAGGGGAGAAACCGUAUUCUUGUGCCGUAUGUGGGGAAAAGUUUUCAUAUCAAUCAACCUUUAACAGACACUUCAGGGUACACACAGGAGAGAAACCAUUUUCUUGCUCUCAAUGUUGGAAACAUUUUACGUGUCACGCAGCUCUUACUGCACAUCAAAAAAGUCACGGAGUGAAAAAACCAUUCUCUUGUUCCGAAUGUGGCAAAUGUUUUGCUCAGCGCUCGAAACUUGCCGAGCAUCACCGAACACACACAGGGGAGAAACCGUUUUCUUGUUCUGAAUGCGGGGAAAGGUUUACAUAUCGCUCACUCUUAAAGAGGCACGGCAAGAUCCACACAGAUGGGGAAUCAUUAAUUUGCCCUGAAUGUGGGAAAUAUUUUACAUCUCACUCAGCUCUUACUGCGCAUCAAAAAAGUCACGGAGUGGAGAAACCGUUCUCUUGCACCGAAUGCGGUAAAUGUUUUGCUCAGCGCAUGCAUCUUACUGAGCAUCACCGAACUCACACCGGGGAGAAACCGUUUUCUUGUGCCUUGUGUGGGGAAAUGUUUACUUAUCGCGCACAGUUUAAUAGGCACAAGAAAAAACACACUGAAGGGGAAUCUUUCACUUGCUCUUACUGUAGGAAACGUUUUGCGUCUCGCUCAGAUCUCACUGCACAUCGCAAAAGUCAUAAAGUGAAGAAACUGCUGCCUUGUAGCGAAUGUGGGAAAUGUUUUAAAUACCAGUCGCAGCUUAUUGUACAUCAGAGAGUCCAUACUGGGGAGAGACCUUAUUCUUGCUCUGAAUGCGGGAAAACAUUUAAAGAACUUUCGAGCCUCAAAAUGCAUCAGAGAAUUCACACAGGGGAGAAACCACUAACACGUGUCUCAGACCUUCCUGUACAUGGCACAGUUCAGGCAGUAGAGAAACCGAACUCUUGUUCCGAGUGUGGGAAAUGUUUCAGCGAUCACUCACAUCUUAAAGCACAUGGGCGAAUGCACACGGCGGAAAAAACAUUUUCCUGUUCUGAAUGUGGGAAAUGUUUUGUCUGGGCCUCAGACCUUAAAGUGCACCUUAGAGUUCACACAGGAGAGAAACCAUUCACUUGUACUGAAUGUGGCAAAUGUUUCACCCGUAUCUCAAACCUAAACGAACAUCUCAGAAUUCACACAGGAGGCAAAUUAUUCACUUGCACUGAAUGCGGUAAAUGUUUUGCACGACGUUCCCUGCUUGCUGCACAUUCCCAGCUACACACAAGCGAGAAACCAUUGUCAGACAAUAACUGUACCGUGAAGAAAAUGGAUACCGAUACCACUAAUCCUAGACCAAAACAAAAAUGCAGGUCAUACGAAGCUGGUUUCAAACUGAAGGUUGUGUCAAGAGCACAAUAACAAGCAAUAACAGUAUUGCAAGUAAGGAAUUUUGUCAUUCUGUCAUGUUUAGCUAAUGGAACUAAGCUGUGGUCUGUAAUUAUUUUUAAAAGAAAGACCUUGCCUAAAAAGGUCAAAUUCCCACCACAAAUUACAGUGCAUGCACAUGUUAAAGGUUGGUUGGAUGAAGACAGAAUAAAAAAAAUGUCUGGAAGAAAUUUGGAAUGGACGACCAGGAGCAGCCUUAAAAAAGAAACCCUCAUUGCUAGUUUGGGAUAAGUUCAGAGCCCACACAUCUGAUGACAUAAAACAGUUGGCAAAGUCUUCUCAAGUUACUUUGGCCGUUAUUCCAAGUGGGCUUAAAUCUGUAUUGAAGCCCCUCGAUGUGUCUUUAAAUAAACCUUUCAAAGACCGUCUGCGACAGAUGUGGCAUGAAUGGAUGUCAUCUGGUCAAGCUAAACUGACAAAAGCUGGAAAUCUAACGAAGACAUAGAAUUAAUAGCAAAGUGGGUUCGAGAUGGGAAGAUAUUCCAGAGGACAUGGUGCAACGCGCUUUCCAGAAAUGUGGCAGUAAGGACUGUGCUUUGUAUGAGAAUGACAGCAGUGAUGGUGAUGACUGCGAACUCAGUGAUGAUGACAAUGUCUAUGCUGACGUCCUCACACCAGCUGAAAUUGAAGCUCAGUUUGGACAUACAGAUGAUGAGGAGGAAUCCAGUUUUGAAGGAUUUUAACUUUUUGUGUUUUAGCUUGGUUGCUGCUUGAGCUAAGGCUGUACUUUUAAGGUAUCAUUGUUGAUACCAUAUUGACCCUUUCUUCACUUACAGGGUUACGGUAGUUUACUGUUUUUAUAUGAAAUAAAUACCGUAUUCAAAAAACAUAUAACCCACUCAUGCCUCAAUUUUUGAUUAUUGAAACUUACCAGUAGUGU